AUGCAUACGGAGGAGGAGGAGGCAAGCUUGGGCGCUGGCGGCUCUGCCUCGACGCCAGAUGUUGGCGGGGAGGGGGGCUCUUCUUCCCAGCCUGGCACGGAUCCUCCCUCAGCGGACCGGGAGGACAUAGACACCGUCAUCAAGGAUGUCACCAAGGACGCUGCGGCGGAGGCCGAGAAGAUCGCCGCCGAGGAGGCCACCGAGGAUGCUUUUGAGGACGCUGCCAAGGGGUCUGCUGGGGAGCCUGGCAAGGCUACUGCCGAGGAGGCCGGCAAGGGACCUGCCGGGGAAGCCGGCAAGGCCGCUUCCGAGGAGGAGACCCAGGAGCUGGAGCAGAAGCACGAGGAGGCGCUCAACGCCCAGGCUCAGGUCCACGCCGGCAAGGUGAAGGAGCUAGAGGUGGAGCGGGACGAGCUGAAGAAGCAGGCCCUGGAGCUGACGGGGGAGAGGGACGCGACCAAAGGCGCCUUGGCCGACGCGCAGGACGCAGUCCUCAACAAGGCCGGGCUACUCUCCAUGGCCAAUGAGUCCAUCAAGGACCUGAAGCUGAAGCUGGAGGGCCUUGAGGAGACGCUCUCUGAGGCCAAGGCUGAGCUGAGCAAAAAGGAAUCCCAAAUUGCCGACCUUCAAGAAAAUGUCAAAUCUCAACAAACCGAAACGUCCAAAGCCAAAGAAGAACUCACUGGCUCUUUAGCAGCCAUAGAAAAACUGAAGGAAAACUUCAAGAACGAGCGUGCGGGCUGGGACACAGAGAAGGCAGCUCUGCUGAAGAGGGCUGAGGGUGCUGAAGCGGCCCUUAAUCCGGUCACAGAAGAGUUGACUGGCUUGAAACGACAAAUAGAUGCCAUGACUUCUGCUGUUUUCGGAUCCCGCAUCGCUCACCUUCGCUCAGACAUGCGGAAUAAAUUGAAGGCUGCCUAUACUCUUAUAGAGCAACUAUAUACUGGUGCACAGCGGAUCAUCUGCACUGCCUCUCAUAACAAACCGCCCCCAACCUAG